UGUUUUUAUUACAGAUUGAUUUGGUGGUGCAAAAAAUUUCCCUGAAAUUUUGUAUGUCCUUGAUAUUUCUUAAAGGAGUUGAAGUGUUACAUGACAAGAAGGAGAAGAGGAUAGAAAAAGAGAAUGGAUCCAUCUGAGAAAGAAUCGAUCAGAGCAGCUUCAGAGGAGCUAUCCCGCGAGUUUCAAACCCUAAUCAAUUCGGAGGACUUGGAUUCCCUCAAGAAGAUGCAGAACCUCAUUCUGGGAAGAAUUCAAGAUAGCAAUGCUGUUCUUACCCACUACAAUGAGUAUUCAGAGAAUUGUUAUGUGUCUGUUUCAAAUGAUUUGGCAAGAAAUACUCGCAUCUUAAAGUCUAUGAAGACAGACCUCGAUUACAUAUUUCUGAAAUUGAGGAACAUGAAGGCGAAGCUUGUUGCUACAUACCCAGAUGCAUUUUCCGAGGGUUCAACAGUUGAAGCUAUUGACAGGAGACCAGAUCUUGAAACCCGUCAAUGAAAGGUAACCGUUUUUUUCUUACAGAAAUAUAACUUUUCAUUCAUCGCCAGCUCAAAAAUUGCAUUGAUUGUAAAAAAAAAGAUCCAAACAAGUUCAUUUGUAAGAUUAUGUAAAGCUUGCAUCUUAGUGUUCAGAUUGAUAAAUACUUUUGAAUGUAUGUUUUACCUCAUUAUUAUUAUUAUUUUAUUUAC